UCCAAAUUUCAGCAGAAAUUAGUUAGUAAUAAUGUGCUGUGGAGAUGGUGGAUGUAGGCCGUUGGCUUUUCUUCUGGGUCUCCCGUUUGCUCUCCUUUCUCUUCUCGUCUCCGUCGUCGGCGUAAUCGUCUGGAUCGUCGGGUUGACAUUGAGUUGCAUAUGCCCUUGUUGCCUUUGUGUAACUGUGUUGGUUGAAUUGGCAUUGGAGUUGAUAAAAGCCCCAAUUCAUGUUAUGGAGUGGUUCACUGAUCAAAUCCCUUGUUAACACACUUUUUUUAUUUUUUGUGUACACAGUAUAUUACUUUCCCUUUUUCAUUUUUCACAUCUCUUACUAUAUUAUUAUUUUGUUGUUGUUGUUGUUGUUGAUUGAUGUUUGCUUCCAUCUUUUAUGCAUGUAAAAAUUCACAAGAUCUUGUUUUGUAUAAAUACUGUGUAUUCUUUUGCUUAA